CCACAUGACAUAAUCUUUUUUUAACUUACCUGUUCCUCUCCCUUCACAAUAUAAGAGUUACACAGAACACAAAACAGAAAACAAAACAUAGUUUAGAAAACAUAGAAAUAAGAACAGAGCAAAAAAACGAAGGAAUAUUCAAUGUUUGUUCCCUGCAAUGGCGGUUUCAAGCAUAGACACUCAAAACCCACCCAGCAAAGCGACAGCUCCGAUCGAAAUUCACUGCGUUAAAUGUGAGUCCUGCGGCUUCACAGAGGAGUGCACCCUUGCAUAUAUACUGCGUGUCCGGGAACGUUACCAGGGCCGUUGGAUUUGUGGGCUGUGCAUCGAGGCCGUCAAGGAUGAGGCUCUGAGAUCGGAUACGCUUAUUUCCACCGAGGAAGCACUGGACCGACACAUCAAAUUCUGCAAUCAGUUCAAGGCGUCGAGUCCUUUAGAUGAAACGGAGCACCCUAUCUCGGCCAUAGGGAGGAUUCUUCGUCGAAGCCUGGAUUCACCCCGGCCUCUUAGGUCUAACUCAAGUGGAGUCUUUCCAGGAUUUGAAGAAGUCACUCAAGGCUCCAUCUCUUCAUCCGUCUGAGAGCUGUUUCUCACCUCUUUCCGGCUUGAUUAUUCUUCCCAAGUUUUACGGUUACUUGGUAGUGCAUGGAAAACAGAGGAAUUCUGUUUGAAUAUAAGAUUGUUAAUAAUUAUAUAUGUCUUAAUUGCUGUAAUGUUUUGGAAUCUGAAUUUAAUGAACCUUGUAGUGUAAACAGCAUGUCUAUCUGAUGAACAGCUUCGGCUUUCAAAGUUUCUAA